AUCGUGGAUAUAAGAUGGCGGUUGUGUUCCACUGAUGACUUUGUGAUUUCCAUUGUAAAGCUUGUCAGUCUUAUUAUAAUGGGUCAAAAUCAGUCAGGCCCUGGUGGAGCAGGUGGAGAUAAAAAGGAUGAUAAGGACAAGAAAAAAAAAUACGAGCCACCUGUACCAACUAGAGUAGGAAAGAAAAAGCGUCGUACUAAGGGGCCAGAUGCAGCUUUGAAACUACCUCAGGUAACACCACACACAAGAUGCAGACUGAAGCUUCUGAAAUUGGAACGUAUCAAGGAUUAUCUUCUCAUGGAGGAGGAAUUCAUCAGAAAUCAAGAGCGUCUUAAGCCCCAGGAAGAGAAGAACGAAGAGGAAAGAUCUAAAGUUGAUGAUUUGAGAGGAACUCCAAUGUCUGUGGGAACUCUAGAAGAAAUCAUUGAUGAUAAUCAUGCUAUUGUAUCCACCUCUGUCGGUUCAGAGCAUUAUGUUUCCAUCCUGUCCUUUGUUGACAAAGAUCAAUUGGAGCCAGGAUGCUCAGUACUGUUGAAUCACAAAGUACAUGCCGUGGUUGGAGUUUUGGGUGAUGAUACAGAUCCCAUGGUUACUGUGAUGAAGCUGGAAAAAGCUCCUCAGGAAACUUAUGCUGAUAUUGGAGGAUUAGAUGUUCAAAUUCAAGAAAUCAAAGAGUCUGUUGAACUUCCUAUGACUCAUCCAGAGUACUAUGAAGAAAUGGGUAUCAAACCACCUAAGGGUGUCAUUUUGUAUGGACCUCCUGGCACAGGAAAGACUUUAUUGGCUAAGGCUGUAGCUAAUCAAACAUCUGCCACUUUCCUUCGUGUAGUAGGAUCAGAGCUCAUUCAAAAGUAUCUAGGUGAUGGUCCUAAGCUUGUCAGAGAAUUAUUUAGAGUUGCAGAAGAGCAUGCUCCAUCCAUUGUCUUUAUUGAUGAAAUUGAUGCUGUUGGUACCAAGCGAUAUGACAGCAACAGUGGAGGUGAAAGGGAAAUUCAAAGAACUAUGCUUGAGCUUUUGAAUCAACUUGAUGGAUUUGACAGCAGAGGAGAUGUCAAAGUAGUUAUGGCAACAAAUAGGAUUGAAACUCUUGAUCCAGCAUUGAUCAGACCUGGUCGUAUUGACAGAAAAAUAGAGUUUCCAUUACCUGAUGAGAAGACAAAGAAGAGAAUCUUUACUAUACAUACAAGCAGGAUGACUCUCGCCCCCGAUGUAAAUCUUAAUGAACUGAUUAUGGCAAAAGAUGAUUUGUCUGGUGCUGAUAUCAAGGCAAUAUGUACUGAAGCUGGUCUUAUGGCGUUGAGAGAACGUCGUAUGAAAGUUACUUGUGAAGACUUCAAGAAAUCUAAGGAAAGUGUGUUGUAUAGGAAAAAGGAAGGUUCCCCAGAAGGUUUAUAUUUAUAAAAGAAUUGCGUAAAAAUUUUUUAUUCGCAAAUUAUUGUUUUGCAAUGUUUCUAAUGAGUAUAAUUGAAAAAAUAAAAAGUGAUA